AUGUCAAAGGGCAAUUGUUCAAAUGUGGCUUCGUUUUACUCCGGGAAAUCUGUGUUUAUAACUGGUGGUACUGGAUUUGUUGGUAAGACUUUAAUAGAAAAGUUGCUGUACAGCUGCAGCGGGAUUGACAAAAUUUAUGUCCUAGUACGUGAUAAGUAUGGGAAACAAGCCAGUGAACGACUCGCUCGUAUUACCAGCACGCCAGCUUUUGAUAGAAUAAAAACAAGUCGAAAUGAGGACUUGAAAAAGAUCGUGGUCAUCAGCGGCGACAUUACGCGUGAAAAUCUCGGAUUACACGAAAAUGUUUUAAAGGCAUUGGAGAAUGAGGUGUCAAUUGUAUUCCAUUUGGCAGCAACAGUUGCUUUCAGAUUACCACUAAAAGAUGCAAUGAGAAUCAAUGUAAAUGGAACGGAAAAUGUCAUUGAAUUGUGUCGUCGCAUGAUAAAGUUGCAGGCCUUUGUUCACGUUUCGACAGCAUUCACGAACUCAGAUCGUACGGAAAUAAACGAAGUGGUGUAUCCAAUGCCAAUCAAUUUGGAAGAAGCGAGACAUGUUGCCGAUAGGUACUCACAUGACGACGUGAUCGUUUGUGCGUUUAUGGGAAGGAAGCCUAAUACGUACACUUUCUCAAAAGCUUUUGCCGAACAACUAGUUCUGAAGCAGUGCGAAGACCUACCGGCUGCCAUCGUUAGACCGUCUAUAGUGAUGUCUUCCAUCAAAGAACCUUGCCCUGGUUGGAUAGACACGUGGAACGGCGCCACAGGGUUAUUCGUCGGUAUGCCAGCGGGUGUGUUACGAGUUGUACUGGGUAGAGGAAGCAAUGUCACAGAUUUAGUACCUGUUGAUAUUGUCACAAACCUCAUUGUUGUGGCCGCUACAGAGUGUCAGAAACAAAUAAAACUACAAAGGAGAUUAAAGAAAGUGGUUGAUGCUGUUAAAUUCUUCUUGUUAAAUGAAUGGAAGUUUUCUGACGACAAUAUUAGAAACCUCCUAAAUACAAUGUCGCCAGUGGACAAAGAAAUAUUUAAUUUCGACGUCAAAACUAUUAAUUGGGAGUCGUGCAUCGAAGAUUAUAUUUUAGGAGCGCGAAAAUAUUUAUUGAAAUCUGAAAAAUAAAGGGAAAAUGAUUG